AUGAAUUGCCCUUAUCAUAUACAAAAUCCCAUCAAUUUGAUAUACCUGACCCCACACAAUUGUUAAUGCUUUAGGAAACUGUGUGUUGAGUGCCUUAAUUAACAUGAGGUCCAUGCUUAAUAUAUAGUGACGAACAGUUAAUUACAAGAGAGGCUAAUCAAUAAACUGGAAGAAUAUCAGCUUUAUGAGAUAUAAACAGUUGAAAAAAAGAAAACAUAAUUUACAAAUUUCCUUUCUAGAACUAAGAGAAGGCUAAAGAAAAUUUUGAAGGAAUUAUCAGAAUCAUUUGAAUAAAAUAUAUUGUACCAUUGA